AUGACUGUCAUGAAGGAAGAAGUUUUUAUACUUACAGAUUCCCCAGAAACAAGAGUACCGCAGGGUGUCACUCCUGCCACUGCCGGUUCCCCCGCUGCUGCUGCUGCUGCCACUGCUCACGCCGCUGCCGCCGGCAAAACUGCUGCCAGCUCUGCUGCUGCCCGCUCCCCUGCCACCACUUCCCCCGCUCCCGCUGCUACCGCUGGUGCAGCUUCCCCCGCUCCUGCCACUACUGCCAGUGCUGCUUAUGCAGCUGCCACUGCUGCCAUUUCUGCCACUGCCACUGCUGUCGUGGGUGCCGCUGCUGCUGCCGCCGGAUCCUACGCUGCUGCUGCUGCCACCGGUUCCUUCACUACUGCCGCUGCUGCCAUUAUUGCUGGCGCUGCUUCUGCUGCUGCCACUGCUGUAGAGGGCGCCGCUACCGCCACUGCCGCUGCCGUCGGUUCCUCCGCUGCUGCCGCUGCUGCCGGUUCCUCUGGUACUGUCACUGCUGCCGGCUCAGCUGCCACCAGUUCCUCCACUGCUACUGCUGCUGCUGGCUCCACUGCCGGCGGUUCCUCCUCUGCUGCCACUGCCGCUUCCGCUG